AUGUUCACCAGCUUCGGCCCAUCUUCGGCUCAAUAUGAGAAAGCGAUGUUUAAAAACGACAUCGAUCUAAAUUCUAGGAAGAGAGGCGCUAUAAGAGAUGGUAAAGUGGCCAAGACAAGCAGCGACGUUGCUAAACUUAGCAGCCAGGAUGCUCAAGACCAUUUGACCAUUAAUACGGCUAUUUUUGUGCCAUUAGAGGGAAACUAUCUCCACUGGUCGCUCGCCAUUCACGAUUGCGACGCUCCGGAGGCAGACGCUUGGCAUAUCUGGGAGGUUGCCCAAGAGCAACCCUUCGCGCCAUACAAGGCAAAUUAUAUCCGCGCUGAUCCAACCCGCGAGACAAGGUUUCGACACUUGAUCAGAAUGGGCGCUGUGCCUCGUGGUCGUCUGGAUGAAAUCCAAGCCGCUGUCCGGGCUGCCGACGCCGCGGAAGAAGAGCGGGCCGCCCAGUGGAAUUGUCAAGAUUACGUCUUCGAAGUGUGGGAGAACAUCUGGAGAUACGGACUCGUUACCGAAGAGACGCAUUAUGCCGCACGUGAAGAACUGCUUGACUACUAUGGUCCGGGCGCCAGUGGGCCCGGAGAGGACGAAAGUGAGAACCAGGCCGAAGAGGAAGAGGAGCGCGAUGAAGAAGCCGAAAAGCCCCGUCGGAUUUUAUCGGAGGAGUUUGUCUAUGAUUCGGACGAAUAA